GUUCGCCCUUGUCUGCUCCGCUUCCCGAAUCUGAGGUAUUCGGGCAGGCCGGCUGUCCAAGGCCCUUCCUCCAGGCCGCACGACGUCAGGCGGAUCGCCUCCGGACCCGAGCUCGAUCACCAUCACUUCCGGACCCCCUUCUUGGUCUAGCGCAACUUUAUGCCCUUGAGCCCUGCACGACGAAGCAGUCGAGAAGCUCGGCCAAACAAUACACAUCCGGACUGGGCACUGUCUCGUCAAGUUGCCCCAACACCCUCACCAACCCCCAACACGUACCAUCGUCAUGCCUCCUCUAUCGCGCUCGCACUCAUGCGUUGAUAUAGACUAUACCCUCAGACGACAAUUCAACAAGACGACGUUCAGGCCGCUGCAACGUGAAAUCAUCACCGCUGCACUCGACGGCCACGAUGUGUUCGUCCAGGCCGCUACGUCGUUUGGCAAGAGUCUUUGCUUUCAACUCCCUGCCUGCAUUGACCAUGGGAUCACCAUUGUCGUUUCGCCGCUGCUCAGUCUCAUGAUGAAUCAAAUCGAAGCGCUGCGGUCAGCUGGCAUCGAUGCUAGCUCCUUGAACAGCAACACGCCGCCCGCCGAGAGGGAUCGCAUCAACCAGGAUCUUGCCAGUGGCCACCCGCGCAUACGUCUGCUCUACGUGACACCGGAGCUGUGCUCUGGCGACUCCUUUCGGAGACGUAUCAAGCUGGUCUACGAACAGUGUGAAUUGGCGCGCAUCGCGGUUGAUGAGGCCCAUUGCAUCUCGGAAUGGGGCCACGAUUUUCGAAAAGACUUCAAGCGGCUGUCCUGGUUUAGAGAGACGUUCCCGACUGUACCAAUCAUGUGUCUGACGGCCACUGCAAAUCCCACCGUUCGCAAAGACUUGCUAAGGACUCUGGGCCUCCUGGAACAGCCCGACAGGCUCAAAAGUUUUGUCAUGACUGCCCAUCGGCCCAAUCUGCAUAUUGAGAUCAGAUAUACAAAAGACCAAGACGACGACCGCCUGUCUGACUUUCUAACUUGGAUACGUAGCGUUUAUGAGAGAAGAAAAGCAGACCCUCGCAAAGCAGAGCUAGAAGCCGCCGGGGAGCGAGUCGACAAUGUCUCCGGCAUUAUAUAUACGAUAUCGCGAGAUGAGUGCGAGUCUCUCGCGGCGGCGCUCAGAGACGAAGGUGUUGGGGCUAGGCCCUUCCAUGCGAAACUUACCAAAGAGACCAAAGAGCAAACCCUGGCUCGAUGGGUGAAGAACGAGCCUGGCUACGAUGUUAUUGUGGCCACCACAGCGUUCGGCAUGGGUAUCGACAAGAACAAUGUGCGAUUUGUCGUUCACUGGCGGUUGCCCAAAUCAUUCGAGGGAUACUACCAAGAGGCAGGCCGCGCAGGCCGGGACGGCAACGCGAGCUUUUGCUUUCUAUACUACAGCCGUGAAGACCUGCAGCGCGUGCAGAGUAUGAUCAGGAAAGGGAAUCGCGACGGAUCGAAUUGGGAAGCGCAGGCCAAGAGUCUGCAAAAACUUGCCCUAUACUGCGAAGACACGACCGCUUGUCGCCAUGCGCAGAUCUGCAGGUAUUUUGGUGAGGACGAGACACCAAAAUGCGACUUUGCUUGCGAUUGGCACAAGGACGCGCAAGGCCUUCAGAGGCGGAUGAUGCGUGGCCUGGCAGACGAGGAAUGGGUCAGCACGCAGGCCGAGUAUGGCCAGUAUGAAGGCUACUACGACGAUUGAUGAGGGUAGAAGACGUGUAUUGGAUGAGUGUGGCUCUGGUCAGUUAUAAUACCCAGAAAGGAGAGCGAUGGCGGACGGCACAAUGAAACAAGUAGGUUGCAGUGUUGGGCCAUACGUGCAUUUGAGGAACACCACGCUGCUGAGCACCAACUCAACGGACUGCAGCCUUGAUGAAGGUGGCAAGCUUUUCGAGGACCAAACCAAGGGUGGCGCCAAGGCGCCAGCAUUAGUUUCGUCCAGAUCUAGUGAGAUUGGUGACGUCUGCUCGCAUCGCCCAAUGAGUCUAGCCUGCAAGAGGCCAGCUGGAUACUUUGCUGACUGACUGACGGACCCAAAGCGACAUUGGAUUUGGAACGGGAACGAAGUUUGAUGUCCCCGCCCUGUAGCCUUCCCGGUCACCAACCGGAGCUCCCGUUAGCCCCCGUGCCCGUGAGAGGACGGUGUGUGGACCUCGGCCGAGGUGACGUG